AUGUACAAUUCCAGUGGUGAACUGGAAUUGGGCCAGGGGCCAUGUUUGCGGACUCCCGAUCAAGAUGCCUCUGCCAUCACGGGCACGUGCACUGGUGUCACGGCCGUGCUUCCGCGAAGCAGAAAAGGCUGCAAUUCUCUGUUCUCUUUGAGGUCCUUGAUUUUCCCAUUCCUGAUCCGAAGCGGAAAGCCCAUGCCCUUGUACACGUUUGCGUCGGCCUUCAUGUUCUGUGGCUACAAUGGCUACUUGCAAAGCAGAUACCUGAGCCAGUACGCCAUGUAUGCUGACGAUUGGGUCACAGAUCCCCGAUUUCUAGUAGGAUUCUGCCUGUGGUUAAUGGGCAUGCUGGUAAACAUCCAUUCAGACCACAUCCUGAGGAAUCUCCGGAGACCAGGGGAGACUGGGUAUAAGAUACCGAGGGGAGGCUUGUUUGAGUACGUGACGGCAGCCAACUACUUCGGGGAGGUGGUGGAGUGGAGCGGCUAUGGCCUGGCCAGCUGGUCCGUCCAGGGCGGGGCCUUCGCGCUCUUCACCGCCUGCUUCCUCUUCACCCGGGCCCAGCAGCAUCACCAGUGGUAUCUUGAGAAAUUUGAAGAUUAUCCAAAAUUCAGAAAAAUUAUAAUCCCAUUUUUGUUUUAAGUCCAUUGUCCACGGAAUGAUCUUUGACUUGAAGCAUUUCAUGACUAUAUAAAUGAAUUAUGUCUCUGUCAUUUUCCUGCUACUGGAUCUUUUUCAAGAUUUGCUGUAGGAAUUAUUCCCUAUGAGUCUAUAAGCUACCUAAUAACAGACUAAUCAGACUGAAAUGCAGGUUGACAGACUGGGCUGCAUACCGAGUGGAGAAUCUGGAACUCCAGGUCAUCCCAGCGGACCAUUUAUCUGCUUUCGGAGCCUCCUGUUGACUACUUACAGCUAAGUGUGCAUAAGACCAGAAUGACAAGCCGUAUCUGGUGGCCUCUGUGGGCUGAAACCCAUCACUGCCCCUCAUACAACCCAUUCCAGCCAUCAAUUCAAGGCCAAAGGCGACGUUGCUCCCUCCCCUGAUAAAGGCAGGACUGCCUCUCUGGUUCCUCUCAUCCCACUGGGUCAGAGAGGCUGAGGCACCCAUGGUGGGUUACAGACCCAGGGAAAUGCCUGAGCCCUCACUGUGCGUGCUGUUGGGCAGGGAACUUGGGGCAGAGAAAGAGACAUAGGAGACCUGGCUGAUGCCUGGACGUAAGUCAUCUGGCACUUUCUACAGCCUGGCACCCCAGCUGACUGCACUGCAGGGCACGGUGCCAGAUGUGCUCAUAAGGGUAGGCCGCUCUGUCCUCCACUCAGAUGACUUCUUAGAGGCCCCGUGAUUAUGUUCCUCCUUAUGCUGAUUGCCAGGGGCAUCAGUAGUCUGUGGUCUAAGAUGAUUUUUUUUCCUUCUGGGUAGAAUGAGGAUGUUAUAAGGCACUCUUUUUAAAGUGCCCUCAAUAUUACAAAAUGGUACCUUGAAACAGAAUUUCUUACUCUAGAUGUACUUGAAAGGCCCAUGGAGAUAAAUGGCAGUGAUGAUAUUUACUGCGCAUUGCCGGAAAGAAACCUCCUAGAAGACACUCUGUGAAGCUCUGAUGGUCCAACGGUGGUGUCCUCCAGGCCUGGGACAGCGGUGCCGGGGUGGCCACCUCCACAGAGCAAGAAACCGCGGGAGCAGGGAAAAGAGCAGGCUGUUCACUCUGGCCCGCUGACACUGUUUGCUGGUUGUGGGCGUGGGUGUCCCGAGCACCCAGAGGGCUGGGCCCCCGCACCCUCUCCUGGCUGGCCUUCCCAACCAGGGUCGGUGUCCUCACGAGGUUUUAUGUAGAAGCCGUGUUCUCAGGGUUUGUGAUUUUGAGAGUCUCUUGUGGCUUCAGAAUUCACAGAAAACUUGCCCGAUGCUACUGUGCUUCAUUUUCACUGGAAAGAGCACAUUUUUGAAGAGAAACUUUGUUAUUAAAAGAACACCAUUCCGGGGCACCUGGGUGGCUCAGUGGGU